UUACAAACACUAUCUGUUAUAUUUUGCAGAAUUUACCUUUUUAACAUGUAAAAUGCAACAUAUUUUGGGAUUCAAUCCAUUUAUGACAGUCGAUCAUUAUUAAUAAUGUUUGAAAUUAAAUCUUUUCAAUCAUAUGUUGUCCUAAUUACUUUUUGUCUUGUAUUUGUAUUGUAGGUUUUAUUAAAUAAUUUUUCUUUAUAUAAAAGCUGAUAGGGUAGACAUUGACUUUUAUUAAGUAUAAAUAACAUGGACAAUCAAGAACCAAUGAUGUUGGGGUCUCCUGUUGGCCACCAUCCAUCACCAUCAACAAGUGGCUUACAUCACCAGCAUGGUGGGAGUCAAUUUUUACCUGGAUAUCUGAUGGGCGACCCUUCAGUGACCACAACACCGGUAUUAAACAGAUCAAUGAGUGGAGGCCACGCAUAUCAUCCCUAUAUGAACUCUCCAUCAUUUGGAGGUUUUACUCCUAGAUCUUCACCACCUAGUGCUACAAUGUCACCGGGAAAUAAGUUUGGCCAUCUUAUAAGAUCUCGAGUUCAUGGUAGUUCAACAAUAAGUACAAAAGAUAAAGGUGGGGCACCACCAGUAUCUUCGCUCCAUGAUGAAAAUAAUCAAGCAUACCCUUCACCUGGAUUGAACAUAACUCAUUCUGGUCAAAGAUCCGCUCUUACGGACCUGGGUGGAAGAUCAAAUGCUUCAUUCUAUCAAGACUCCCGUACUCCAAAAUUGCAACCAAACCUUGCUACGCCGAGGAGAAUAUUACCAUCAUCUACACAGGAUCUUCCGGGAUCAGAUAGAGCAGUCAAAUCACCACCUUCUCCAGCACAGAUUGAUCCAUUUUAUACUCAGGGAGAAGACCUGACUUCUAACGUAGAACUUGAUGACACAUGGGUCACAAUAUUUGGGUUCCCUUCAUCUGCAAGUUCAUACAUCCUUCAGCAAUUUUCAAGGUGCGGUGUGAUACUGGAACACCAUUCAGCUCCUGAAGAUGGAAACUGGAUUCACAUACAUUUCGAAAGUAAACUUCAAGCUAGGAAGGCUUUAAGUAAAUCUGGGAAGAUUUUGCCUGGAAAUCUAAUGAUCGGAGUGACUCCAUGUAUGGAUAUUAGAGUCAUGAACAAACAGACACAAGAAUUUGAAUUAUCAAGAGCUCAUCUGGAUGUUACUGGUUCUACACACACUCCCGGUACACCCUCCAUUCAUCCAUCUCUCGCCAACACCACACGAAGUGGAGCAAAUACACCAAAACACUGCACAAUUCGUCCAUUAACUGCAGCUUAUAACGCCUCAUCCAGUGGAUCCAAGGUCGUGAAUGAUGUAAGAACCCCCCAGAAAACGAACGGAAUUAUAACAAAGGCAAUGGAUUAUAUAUUUGGAUGACGAUACUAGUAGAUUCUAGAUCUAGUCGUUAUUGCUUUUUGCUUUAUUUGAUGUACAAUCAAGCCAAUGAAUGAGUCUAUUGUUGGAAUUGUUUUUAUCACUGCCUUACUAUUUAUUGAUCGAUUACUACGCAAUGCAAAACUUCUUAAA